UUCUUCGCAAGAGGGCAGAGCUAGUGCCUGUCUUUAACUAUUUUACUGGUUGAAUUGAGGGUUUCAUUCACUACAGCCGUUGGAUAUUUUAGGCUGUGACUCCAGCCAGCCAAUCCAGGUGAUCUUUAUUAUCUACUACAACAAGCAUACCAAAAGGCCUUCCCUUUGAGGUAAAGUUCGAUUGGAGAGGUGCCGGAUUUCAGGUCAGCACCAAGGCAACAAUGUCUGUAACCAAUAUUCAGGAAAAGUUCAAGGAAAAGAUCACUGCUGUUCGAACUGUGGUUCCAAACAGAAGUAACAAUGAAAUUAUCCUGGUGCUACAGCACUUUGACAACAAUGUGAACAAGGCUGUGCAAGCUUUCAUGGAUGGUAGUGCAGUGGAGAUUUUGAAAGAAUGGAAUGUGCCAGGAAAAAGGAAGCACAAUAAGAAACGGAAAAGAAAACCAAAACAGCCAAGUGGCCAGGUGAAAGAAGAGAGGGCGAGGCCUGGUGGACUGGAAGAGAAUGUAGAUCUCCCACUGUCCAAAGCUGGGCUGAAUGGCUACCAUGCCAAUGGCUCAGCCAACGAUGAUUCCUCAGUGGAUUCCCUUAGUGAAAGGAUGGAGAUUUUUCCCAAUGAUGAGAAGGCAGUAGCAAGCCUGAAGUUGCAUCAGCUGCAGGCACCUGAUAAAACAGUUGGCCUGAGUCCUGAAGAGGAAAAGCUGCCUUUAGAGCCAACAGAACAGCUUCUUCAUGAUGCUAAAUGUCUGCCCAACAGAUCAACUACAACCAAGUCAAAACCAAAAGCUUUGCCUGGCUCCCACUCCAUGGCUCCGCAGUCUCCAACAACACCUGGAGACCUGGUAUCAAACAAGAAGAGAGGUACGAGCAUUGAAAAAUCAGUGAAAGACUUACAGCGAUGCACUGUCUCAUUGGCCAGAUACCAACUCCUGAUCAAAGAGGAAAUGGAUGCUUCAGUGAAGAAAGUCAAGUCUACUUUUGCAGAGUUGCAGGCCUGUAUCAUGGAUCGAGAAGUUGCUCUAAUGUCAGAAAUGGAUAAAGUCAAAAAGGAAGCGAUGGAGAUCCUGGAUGCAAGACAGAGGAGAGCUGAGGAGCUGAAGAGAUUGACAGAUAUGGCCAUCCAGAUGUCCGAAACCCAGCUUGCUGAACUUAGAGCAGAGAUUAAGCAAUUUGUAAGUGAACGCAAAUAUGAUGAAGACCUGGGGAGAUCAGCGCGAUUCACUGGUAACAUUGACAGUUUGCAAGCCCAGAUUCAACUGUUUGGAGAAGUAUCACAUCCAAAGAAUAACUACUCUACAAGACCACAGCGCACCUCCUCAUUGAGUCCAGCUCAUCUGAAUCCUCAAGGCAGUUCUAAUAAUGUUCCUUCAGGGCCAUCUUUGCUUGCUGCGUUAUCGUCAGUUAGUUCUAAAGCAGUGAAUUCCAGGGACAAUUCUAGCAUUCAGAAGGCACCUGCAGACAGACCGAACUAUCAACGUUAUGGUCCAUCUGGUCAAAGGCGAGGAUUCAAUUCCCGAGAGCAAGGCCUCAGGCUCAACGAAAAUCAGCCUCCUGGAAAAUCAGAUGAUUGCAGAAACAGGAGCCGAAAGGGACGUCUCCACGAUGGCUAUAAGAACCAAAAUCAACAUAACAAGUCUCGACAUCAGGUCUCAAGUCAUGAUGUACACAAACCGUUGCUAACAGAUUCUACUUCUAAUGGUACUGUACUGCCAGCUGAAGUGAACACAAACUCAGCAACCCCUGAACUAGCUAGCACUAUAUCUGUAGUUCUCAGUGACAGAGUUCCUCAGUAUAGAUCCUGUCCCAUAAAGCCAGAAACAUCUGUUGAUACUAAAAUGUUGUCUUUACCUAAUAGAAUGACUGCAGUAGCUUAAGUUACUUGAGUACCUUUCUGUUGCAGUAGCAUUCAUAACUUGCAUUUAUGCAACUUCUGCCACUUUAAGACUUGAAAAUAAAACUUAGUACUUUAUUUUCUUGACUCGGAUUUAAAAAAAAAUGUCGGCCUUUUAUUGUUGAAAAUUGAAUUUAUUGAGAAAAGAGUUUUAAGUAGGCAUUACAGAAGAUUUUAAUUAUAGUUUUGCGAGGGGGAGGUGAGUGAAAAGCCUUGAAGGGCGUUAAACCAAGAAAUUAAAUGAUUGAAGUUGUAAUGAUUUAAUACUCAGAUCAUUCAUGAAAAGUUUUGGGGUGCAGCAUUACCUUUUGAAAAUUAUACCCUCACAUUAUGUUCAUCAAACUGCCAGGAACAUUUAUCAAGCAUUGUUUCGAUGAAGAUGAUCCCUUUAACAUAAAGUCACCUUAUUGACAUUAUUCAUUUUUAGCAACACUGACAGGCCAUUUUAGAAAUGCUAAUUAGGAAUGCUGUACAGCAAUGAAUGAUUUAAAAUCUGACAGAAAAUGUCAAAAUCCCAGCGAAGAUUCAAAUCAUUUCAGUGAUUGUGUUGUUUUCAAAAAAAAAUUCUGGCACCCUUAAGACUUUUCCAGUUCAUUUUGUCCUAGACACAUUUUCAGAGAUCAACAGAUGACCUUUACCUAUUGAUUCAGGUGAGAGGAGUGAAUGCAGUGUCUAUAUUAUGCCUCCCAACUUCGCAAACCCAAUGGUCAAAGAGGAACAUGGGUGACUGAAAUCAGAUCUACUUGCGUGAAGCAUUCACUUUAAGUGUUAGGAAAGAAAUUAACUUUCCCAUCAGAACAUUUACAUGUUUGUUCGAAAGAAGAUAAACCUGCAUUCCUUCCCCAAAUUGACACAUGGUACGAUAAAUAUUAUUAGUUUAUUUUAAGAGUUCUGUAAGGAAAUAGACAAGGGAAUCAUUGUACAUGUGAGAGUGCCACAUGUAUGAGAGAGCAUGUUAUAUUUGAGUACAACUGCAAUCUCAUGGACAUUCUAUUAUUACCAAGCAAUUAAAAAAAGUCAUUAUUUGGCUCUACCACAGAAACACCAUUCCAAACCAUGACUCACAAGUCAUAAUUUAAACUUUCUAUAAAUCCAGUUGUAACUUCUGCUGCUAGCAGAUGUUAAAGCUCCCCUUUUGUUUUUAUCACAGGGAGAAACUGGUCUGAUAACUUUGAAUGUUAAAGGGCCAUCCUGUCCUCCUCAUUUUUACUGUUAAAUCUCACCUUUAAACUUAAACAAUUUCAUGUAAAUCGAUGGAAAAAUCAUACAAGUUUAAAUAUUUAAAAUCAACUUACACUAAAUAUUCCUACAUGUUCAAUUUAUGAAUUAUGAACAUUCUUUUUAUUGAACUUGGAGAUAUAGCAGUUAUUUAAGUAUUCCACUGCAGAUCCCAUUGCUGGUGCAUUAACAACAAAUCAGGCCUUAGUGUUGAUUCUCAAAGUUAAUUUUACUACCUCCAAAAUAUAAAGAAAAAUCAGCAGGAGCAUUUUCAGGAAUCAUUUAAAACAAAUGGAUCACAAUGAUCAUUUUGUUGGUUUAAUGAUUCUCUGUUUAAAAAGCUAAAAUAUUUUUGCUCCCCAGAUUUUGAAUUAAUUAAUAAUCAUAAGUCUGCCAACAUAAUUUUAACUUUCUGUGAAUAAUUAAAAUUUGCACACAAAAACAGGAAGUGUGUCUGCAUUGAACAAUUGUUGAUAUGAAUGAUUCAAAUGUAAUCAUGUUCUCAGUUAGGAAAAGUGCCUUGAGUAAUACAGAAUCACCAAGGACAUGUUCAAAAUAAAUGGACCAAAAUUGACUAGAAGAUCCUAACUCGAACUAGAUGGUAAUUGAAAUAUGUCAUGUAACAGGAUUUCAGUUCAGCUAAGUCUCUUCACCUAUCUUUGUAGCUGCAGCUACUGAAUGCAAGAACAUGAGUUAUGAUGCAUACAGCUGCUUCAUACUCCACCCACGAUGUUUACUAAGUGUGCAUCUUAAACUUAGGGCUCCUCUAGGACAUGGCAUGACUGUCAAAUUUGAUGCUGUGUGUCCAACGUGUCUUGCAUUCAAUAACACGGAUUGUUUAUCUUGUAUCUUAUGUUUAAUCUAGAAUUUGAGUAGACAAACAGGGUACAACAUUAGCCCACUUAAGCGUCAUAUAUGUGCCUGUUUUUAUUUGUAGGCCAUUCAAAGAACAAAUUCAAUCUUAAACCUAGUUGAGCUAUCUGUCAUGAAAAAUUAAUCUCAUGAAAAAUAACCUCAUGUGUUUGAUCUCAGAAAAGCUUGUUUCAUCCCUGGAAAGCUGCUAAUAGCAGAUGAACUCUCUGGGCCUUAUCAGAGUUUAUUAUCUGAAGCUGUAAAUCUAACACAUGUUAAUUUCUUAAAGAAAGAUGAUGGUUGCCAAUCUUUCAUGUAUUCUCAGUUUUAAUUAUACAAUUUACACUGCUUAAGAUUAUUUUCUUUUAAUCUGCUUUCUAAUCAGUUUAUGAUGCUUUUGUUGGUAUGAUGGUUGAAGACUAAUGGAUGUGAAAAUGUUCAUUUAAUGGUCUAUUUAAGGAUAACAGUGAACCUGAACCUGGAAACAGUGCCAUCUUUCCGCUUUCAGUUGAAAAGAAAAGAUAAUCUUGUGAUUCAAUAAUUUGACUGCAUUUGUCUAUUUUUAAAAUACCCAUCUUGGAGGGAAGCGAUUGCUGGGUCUCAGUGCUGCUCAUUCCAGAAAAGUUAAUAUCGUGGAACAUGGCUUACUCGAAGCAGGAGCUUAUCUUAAUGCAGAGACCUUCACUUCGCGAAGCAAAUAGGACAUAACUUUUUCCAUAGUAACUGCCAUAUGAAAAAAAAUCACAGAACUCAACAGGAUCAGACAGCAAUCAUCACAUGCCAGCACACACUGUUAACUGGUUAAUAACUGAAAUCUCCUUGAAUAUCUGCAGCGAGAACUGAAGGAAUUAAUAUCUGGUCAUUGCACUGUUUAUCUGGGCAAGAGCACACUGGGUUGGAAUAAACCCCAUUUUUGUCGUUCCCAACAUGUACAGUACAACUUGAGUCAUAAGCUAGCUGUUCCCAUUUUAAGCACUGGAGACUUGCAAUCUCAGAAACGAUUUGCUGUGACAUACUGAUGUGUGUCUGCAGAUAAAAUCCUAUUAUUUGUAUUCCUGUGUUAAGUUGCAAACUUAGCUUUACACAAUAAUGAUGUAAAGUGUCUCAUUAAUUUAGUCAUAUAAGUCACAACAACAACAUUGUCAUUUAAAUAAGAAGAUGACUAAUGCCGAAAGUAAUAUUGUAUCUAUUAAUAUUGCUGCUUCAAGAAUUAGUGUCAGUAAAACUUCCAGUGUGAGCUAACUAUCCUUAGCAAGCUGAAAAAUUACAGCACAGGCUAAAUUGCUUUACUCAUUUAUAGUCCAGAGUCAGAAGGCCUCUGCUACAAUUUCUGAGAUUUGCAAGUUUUGAUUAGGUCAACUGAAAUGAUCCAUCCAACUGUUGUACUAAAAGCCAUGUACAUCUGCCAACAGAAUCAAAUGAUUUUAUAUAUGAAAAUAUUUUUACUAUUUCUCAAAUACUAAAUUAUUAUGCAGCCUACUGUUUCUAGCUUGGCUACAGCAUUUACAACUGUUGAUUUGUGGAAUAAUCUCGCACCCCUAGCAAGGAUCACAAACAAGCUGUUUCAAGAUCUGCCUGUAACCUGUCUGCAAAUGUCU